AUUCCACCAACACAUCAGAAGUACAACGUCGUGAUCUAUUCAUGUUCACAUACGAAAAGAAACCAGGCCAUGUUUUGCGGCAAAAGAAGCUUUUCUCAAAUAGACACCGAGCCUCUCCCAACCUCGCCCAAGGGAUCAAAGCUCAAGCAAAGCCUCUCGAUGACAAAGAAGAAGAAGCAAAGCUCAAGCUCGAACCCCUACUCGACGUCGGGGCUUGAUAAAUUCGAAAAAGUACUUGAAGAAUUAGACAAGAAGAAGGAGAAGAUCUUGUUGAGGGCCAGGUCUCAAGGAGGUGCGACGGUUAGGUUCACUUAUAGAUCGGACUCGGAUGAUUGGAUUCCAAUCAUCAUCAAGAAAAGGGAGCCAAGGGAAGCGAAGGACGCAAAGGCGAAGUCAUCGCGGCCUAGGGUUACAAAGAGAUUAUCAUCGGCGCCUCCUUCGAUGAAAGUGGAGAAAGGAUUGGAGGUGACCAAGGAGCCCAAGGAAGUCGUCACCGAGUCUAAGGAUAUUAUUAAGGUGAAGAAGAGAGGUGUGUAUGGUUGGGGUGUUUGUUUUUGGUCUCUGGUGAUUGUGUUGGUACUCGUUUUGUUGGUGUUUGGGAGGUCUUUUGCAAUAUGUUGGACUGCUAUUUGGUGGUAUUUGGUGCCUUUGAUGAAGGGUAAGAGCAAGGGUUUUAAGAGGAAGGAGUUAUGGAGGAGGGUUAGUGAUAAGAAGCUAGGAGGUGGUGUAGAUGGAUUCAGAUCAUUCAAGGGUCAUAUUAGCGAGAGGACAUGAUGAUCAUUUUGGAUAGGAUUCGAGUCUUUCUUCUAUUUUCUUUGUUUUCCUAAAAUUUUGUACAAAUUAAUGAGAAUUAUCUUCGGUCACUUGGAGUAUGAUUAGGAUCUCUGUAUUUGUUGUUGGCUCUUGGGUGUCAUUUGGGAGCACUCGUUGCCUUUUUCGUCCAAUUGUUGGCCGAAACAAGUUAUAAGUUUUGUUUUGCAGUACUUCCCU